UUCGAUCACAUUAUUAGUAGUUGAUUGGCAUCCAACGUUUCUCACACACGCGUUUAUUACCAACAUAUGUACCGUUAUACAUUCUCAGCAUCGAUCGGUCUGGCUAUCACGCACCGUUUCCGACUCCAAUUUUAAUCUCAGUGGUAGAUCUCACUCUGAGUUUCAAGGAAAAAACUUGUCAUUCUGUAAGAAUCUGUAUUAGAGAUUGUUUAAGAGUUUCCUGGUGUUUUCCUUGCCCUGUUGACCGAAAUUACGACUCCAAUUUGUCCCGCCGACGCAACAACAAAUUUUUGAAAUUACAUAAACAAACAUACAUCAACCAAUGAUGGACUAAUAGGACGAAAUAGCGCCCCCGAUACGGAAGUAGGUGUCGCUGUAGCAGACGACAAGACAGCAUUGUAACAACACUCGUUGUGAUACCUGGAAUUACUUUCAUGUAGGACUUGGGAUGCUUUUGAUCAGCGAUGGACUAAGUUAACAUCUGAUCAUUCUGGAUGUACACGUAGAUAGGUGGACGUUUAUAUAUUGUCGAGUUACAAAAUGCUGCUGCGGGCCAAGACGACGCUACCUAUCUGUGGUAUAUGGCUCAUGUAUUUCUCCUGUGUAUUUUUUUGUGGACAAGCGCUGUCGGACAUGGGAGAGGCCAUAGAGGAUAUUCCCAUAAACGUGACUGUUGCUGAGGGCAAAACAGCUAUCCUUCCCUGUCGAGUGGAUGACACAUACGACGACCAAAUGAUUGUGUGGAUGAACCCAAAGCGUAUCGUUGUAAGUCAUAAAGAAAGCCGUUAUAUUAACGACCCCCGUAUGAGUAUCGAGCGGCCAUUUAUGGGGGACUACAAUCUCCACAUACGGAGUGUAAAGUACGAAGAUCGUGGUGACUAUAUGUGUACAAUAAACACCCGUCCAGUUACCAUCAAAAGGAUCCGCCUUAUCGUUCAAGUUCCCUCUCGGAUCCUUGACUAUUCCUCCUCCAAUAUUGUCACGGUGCGUGAGAGAAGUGAUGUAGAACUCGUGUGUAAUGCAACCGGGGUGCCACCCCCAACGAUCACCUGGUACAGACGUACAGACGAGAACCCCCAGGGACGUGAACGAGUUGGAAACGAGGGGGAGGUCCUUGUGAUACGCAACAUCAGCAGAUAUUGUGGAGGGAUAUAUGAGUGUAUGGCUUUUAAUGGGGUACCACCUGCAGUCCAGAGGCAGAUAGAGGUCAAAGUUCAAUUUAAACCUGAAAUACGUCUACUAAACAAACGGAUGGGUCAGUACCUUGACAAGGAAACCAUGCUAGAAUGUAUAAUCACUGCCUCACCACAAGGAUCAAAUGUUUGGCGUUUCGGUAAUGUGCAACCUGACAUGAAAGAAGGAUGGAAAUAUCACUUAGAAGUUUUCGAAGACAGUAAAUAUACAGUGUCACUGACUCUCAGAAUAAAGAACGUUAGACCAGAGGACUUUGGAAUAUAUACGUGUGAGGCAGCCAAUCAGUUGGGUCAUGCCAAGAAAGACAUGGAAUUAUAUGAAUAUAUCGUUCCUACUCCGCCCCCUGUGACGACGGUAGCAACAACCCCGUACAGAGUGCAAGACAACGACGGUGGUAACGGACAGGACGGACGACUCGAAACAGUAACCCUUUUCAGUCCGAACGGAGAAUCGGCGCAAAUUCAUAAAUCAUCAGACACUCAAAUAUUAGGUCAGUUUGGGACUGCGAACGUCCGUAUUUCGAACACGUGUAGCACCAUAAUAGCAACGAAGAAUUUGUUUAUAUAUUGUAUUUUAUCAUAUAUUCUUUAUGUUGUUUUCGUUACAUCAUGAUAUGUAUAAGGAAGAUUUUCAUUUAGGAAUUUGCAUAUAUCAUCAGCUCAACCAUUUUUGAAAUAAAUAAUAUGGAGUAACAUCAUAACAAACCAUUAUAUUAUUGAUAUUGAUCGCUUUGUUUUCUAAACGCUUAUCACAAGGAAGGCGUUAAGAGGUUUUGUUUUAUUACAAUUAGAUUAAACAGAAAUAGCAUUACACUGAGUACAAAGAUUCAUAGAUAUAUCACAUCAUCUAUAUAUAGUGAUAACAUGUACAUGUACAAAUCAGCAAAUUAAUAUACUGUUCCGCAAUACUCCAUCAUCCGGAUCAACUUAAAUAAAUCCAUUUGAUUGGUUAGUUCCUGUGUGGGAUAUGUAUCCUGUAUAACAGCUAAUGUAGGUACGAUAUCGUAUUUAAAAUGUAUCUAUAGAAGCAUGAUGUAAAAUAUCCUGUACACUACAUAUAAAUAUAUGUAUAUAUUCUUAUGCAUUUCUCUAUAAGUCGUCUUAGUGUUUUGAACAACUACAACUGUCGGUUAAUUAAUCUUAUGUUCAAACGAAUGUCUUGAGGAAAAUGCAAGUGUUUUGAAAACGCUAUGGAACAGUGUGUGUGUGUGUGGAUGUAUGUGCUGUGGAUGUUGCUGACACUUUUCGUAUACAUAUUAAUAUGUAUGUAUAUAUAAAUGUAUUAAAAACUCAUCAGUUGUAAA